AGAAGUGGUUGGCUGAUAUGAUAGAGCCAUUUAGAUUUGGCCGGAAUCUGCAAACCUUCUCCCCAUCUGUGUUGACCAGUUGUACGAGUAAUGCUGGCCUUCCUCUUGUGGGAUACAUCAGAUAACUUGCUGAUUUCUUCUGCCAAUUUAUCAUUUCAGAACCAGGACCCCUUUCCAACUACAACGACGUCAGGAUCCAGCUCAAAUGGCAUUCAAGAAUUCUCAGGAGCAACGCCUACAUGUAUUGUAGCAGGUGGAGAAUCAGAUUCUGAAGGGUCCAUUAGUGUGGAAAUUGUGAAACCUUCUAAGAGAAACAAAUGCCAAGUCUGUUGCAAAAAAGAGAAAGGUCACUGUGGCAAAGAAUGCGCAGGUAUCCAACUUUGCUGCAAAGGAAUCAAAGCAGGUUACGAUCGAGGAGAGUGCCUUACCAGAUGGUCACUUUAUAGUUGAGAAGAUCUUGAAGGAUAGGAUGAAGAAUGGGGUCAGGGAGGGACUCAUCAGUUGGGAUGGCUAU